GGGGCGUGCUGGUUAAGGGGGAAGGGUCAGAGGUCGUGGAGACCGAAGGCGGUCCGUGCUUCUGGGCCUGGUCGCGAUGUAGCGGUGGGGCCGGCUUCCUCUGGCAGGUUCUAGAAGGCUCCUGCGCUCCAUUAGGACUGUAGCCCCUGGAUCCCGGGUUUCCUGUUGCUGGGCUCCGCGGGCUGAGCGGGGCCGCCGCCGCUGCCGCCAUGUUUGGCUGCCUGGUGGCGGGGAGGCUGGUGCAAACAGCUGCACAGCAAGUGGCAGAGGAUAAAUUUGUUUUUGACUUGCCUGAUUAUGAAAAUAUCAACCAUGUUGUGGUUUUUAUGUUGGGAACAAUUCCAUUUCCUGAGGGAAUGGGAGGAUCUGUCUACUUUUCCUAUCCUGAUUCAAAUGGAAUGCCAGUAUGGCAACUCCUAGGAUUUGUCACGAAUGGGAAACCAAGUGCCAUCUUCAAAAUUUCAGGUCUUAAAUCUGGAGAAGGAAGCCAACACCCUUUUGGAGCCAUGAAUAUUGUUCGAACUCCAUCUGUUGCUCAGAUUGGAAUUUCAGUGGAAUUAUUGGACAGUCUGGCUCAGCAGACACCCGUAGGCAAUGCCGCAGUAUCUUCAGUUGACUCGUUCACUCAGUUCACACAGAAGAUGUUAGACAACUUCUACAACUUUGCUUCAUCAUUUGCCGUGUCACAGGCCCAGAUGACACCAAAUCCAUCUGAGAUGUUCAUUCCAGCAAAUGUGCUUCUCAAAUGGUAUGAAAACUUUCAAAGACGACUAGCACAGAAUCCUCUCUUUUGGAAAACAUAAUUUGAAUAAAAUGAUUUUUAAUGGA